AUUUUUUCCCUUAGGUAUUUUAUGGUCCUCAUUCAGGAAAUGGCCUUAAAAGUUGAUCAGGGGUUUUUAGGAGCUAUUACUGCACUGUUUACUCCAACAACUGACCCUGAAGCCAAAAGAAGACGGACAGAGUUAAUUCAGGAAGAUUCUGCUGCUCUAAACACAGAAUUAGUGGAGCCCUCGGUGACUGAUACAUCCGUUCUUAGUUUCUUCGAACUUUUCCAUAUUUCUCCUAUUAAGUUGCACUUGAGUUUGUCUUUGGGCUCUGGUGGUGGAGAGUCAGACAAAGAAAAACAGGAAAUCAUUCCAAUUUAUUCUGUCAAUCUGCUGUUGAAAAGUAUCGGUGCUACUCUGACUGAUGUGGACGACCUCAUAUUCAAACUUGCUUAUUAUGAAAUUCGCUGUCAGUUUUACAACAGAGAUCAGCUGAUGUGGAGCGUUGUUAGACAUUACAGCGAACAGUUCUUGAAACAGAUGUAUGUCCUUGUAUUGGGCUUAGAUGUGCUUGGAAACCCAUUUGGAUUGAUUAGAGGUCUGUCUGAAGGAUUUGAAGCUUUAUUCUAUGAACCCUUCCAG